AUGACAACACUACCGCCUGGCACAGCGCCCAUCAAAGCCGAAUUCCUCAUCUCGGCCGCAACUCAGUCACUUCCAGACGAUGACGCUGCGGAAGGAAGCACAAGUCACGUAAAUGGCCGCAAAGACAGCGAGGCUACGCAAGACGCAGAGCGUGGCACGGCCCUCUCGGGCGCCCAGCGCAAGAAACGUUCCAAGGAGGAGAAGAAGAAACAUCGCGGGCGAACAAGGCCGACGCUUUGCGCGCAUCCAAGAGAGACGUGCGAGUUUGGUACCGAAUGUCGUUUCACGCACGACGUGCCGGCAUACCUCACCGCCAAGCCGAGGGACAUCCACUUCCCUUCUCAGGAAGACCUUCUGAACGUGCCUCCGUACAUCCGAAGCCGCGCGUCGCCGGAGAUUGAGAUGUCUGAGAGCCACAACUCGUCCAUCGACUUCUCCACGAAGUGUCCGGCGUUCGAGCGUACGGGUGAAUGCCGGCAUGGUCUGAAGUGUAGGAGAUGGGACGCCGUCGAGCUUAUUGCGGACGACGACAAGAGAGCACUUGCGGCCGGCGCCGAGCAGGAGCUCAACUUCAUUGACGGACCUACGCUGAAGAUGAUCAGAACCAAGAAAUACCCGCACCCGAUUUCUGACGCGUAUCUCAAGGAGCUACAGGCUGCCGGAGAAGAGGGUAAAGCGGAUGUCGAAAAACAAGAUGGACCCUCCGCGGCCGCUUCUAACGAGGUGAAAACCGACGCAACAGCUACCGGUGGGCAGACCAGCUCAGAAGAUCAGUCCCAGAACGACACUCCGGACGUGCCUCUUCGCUUCAACGAGAAGAAAAGGUUACACUGGACAGGGAAAACAUAUCUCGCUCCUCUCACGACGGUCGGAAACUUGCCUUUCCGCAGGGUCUGCGUCGACUACGGUGCCGACAUCACCUGCGGUGAAAUGGGCCUUGCAAUGUCUUUCCUGUCAGGCUCGAAGGAAGAAUGGUCGCUUGUCCGUAGGCAUCCGUCCGAGUCUAUCUUCGGCAUGCAGAUCGCGGGAAGCAAGCCGUCCCUGCUCGUCCCCGCCGCUGAGAUCAUCGGCCGCGAAUGCGCUGGCAACCUCGACUUCGUCGAUAUCAACUGUGGCUGCCCGAUCGACCUGGUGUACAAGACUGGCAGCGGUUCCGCUCUACUCGACGCUGCUGGCAAGUUAGGCAAAAUCAUCGUUGGGGUGAACAAGGCACUCGGAGACAUACCCGUCACCGUCAAGCUCCGCUCAGGUGUCAAGGACGGGCGAAACACGGCACAUAAACUCAUGCCGCGUCUAGGCCGUGAGUUCGGCGCAUCUGCGAUCACGCUGCAUGGCCGAACGCGGCAACAACGCUACGCCAAGCUCGCCGACUGGGACUACAUCAAACAGUGCGUCGAAGCCGUGCGCGAGAGGGAACAGGAAGAGGACCUUGCUCCCGUACCGAUCUUCGGCGGUGGAGACUGCUUCUCUUCGCAAGACUACUGGGAGAAGAUGGAUGGGACCGGCGUUGAUGGCAUUAUGAUUGGGCGUGGCGCACUCAUCAAGCCGUGGAUAUUCACGGAAGUCAAGGAGAGAAGGGAGUGGGACAUCAGCUCUCGAGAGCGACUAGAGCUCAUCCGGAAAUAUGCCGAGUACGGCCUCAAUCACUUUGGAACAGACACGGCCGGGGUAAACACCACUCGGCGAUACCUCUGCGAGGCACUCUCCUUUCAGUACCGCUACAUCCCCAUUGGCCUUCUUGAAACGCUCCCGGGACACAUCAAUGACCGUGCUCCGGCGUUCCGCGGGCGCGAUGACCUCGAGACAUUGCUGGCAAGUCCGGAUAGCCGUGACUGGGUUAAGAUCUCGGAGAUGUUCCUCGGUCCUGCACCAGAAACAUGGACGUUCACGCCAAAACAUAAGAGCAAUGCUUAUGGAGGUGAGGAGAGUCAGGGUUAAGGGAAAUAAACCAAAUAUGACCUUGUAUGGUUCAUCUGACUGAGGGAUGAUUGUAACAUCUUGUAUUGGUAUGCCCUCACAUGUUUUUCAGUGGUCUCUAUGGAACUGAUAGUGAGUUAUUGGGUGCAACAGAAGCCAUUCUUCAUGUUCAAA